CGGGCAUGGAGCUGGCAAGCCCGCGCUGAGGCAGGACUCGCCUGCUAGCAGCCAGCGAGAGGCUCUCCGCCGUCCGGCGCGCGGGCUCCCCGGCCGGGGCCGGGCAAACUUUUCUUUCUCUUUUGCCGUCUCCAGAGGCGCCUUCUGCGGCGGGCAGAAGACUCUUCGGCGCGGCGGGGCCGGGGCCGGCUGGACGCAGCAUGAUGCGCGCAGUGUGGGAGGCGCUGGCGGCGCUGGCGGCAGUGGCGUGCCUGGUGGGCGCGGUGCGCGGCGGGCCCGGGCUCAGCAUGUUCGCCGGCCAGGCGGCGCAGCCCGACCCCUGCUCGGACGAGAACGGCCACCCGCGCCGCUGCAUCCCCGACUUUGUCAACGCAGCCUUCGGCAAGGACGUGCGCGUGUCCAGCACCUGCGGCCGGCCCCCGGCGCGCUACUGCGUGGUGAGCGAGCGCGGCGAGGAGCGGCUGCGCUCCUGCCACCUCUGCAACGCGUCGGACCCCAAGAAGGCGCACCCGCCCGCCUUCCUCACCGAUCUCAACAACCCACACAACCUGACGUGCUGGCAGUCGGAGAACUACCUGCAGUUCCCGCACUACGUCACGCUUACGCUGUCUCUAGGCAAGAAGUUCGAAGUGACCUACGUGAGCCUGCAGUUCUGCUCGCGGCCGGAGUCUAUGGCCAUCUAUAAGUCCAUGGACUACGGGCGCACGUGGGUGCCCUUUCAGUUCUAUUCCACGCAGUGCCGCAAGAUGUACAACCGGCCGCACCGCGCGCCCAUCACCAAGCAGAACGAGCAGGAGGCCGUGUGCACUGACUCUCACACCGACAUGCGCCCGCUCUCGGGAGGCCUCAUCGCCUUCAGCACUCUGGACGGGCGGCCCUCGGCGCACGACUUCGACAACUCGCCCGUGCUGCAAGACUGGGUCACGGCCACCGACAUCCGCGUGGCCUUCAGCCGCCUGCACACGUUCGGAGACGAGAACGAGGACGACUCGGAGGUGGCGCGCGACUCGUACUUCUACGCCGUGUCGGACCUGCAGGUAGGCGGUCGCUGCAAGUGCAACGGCCACGCGGCCCGCUGCGUGCGCGACCGCGACGACAGCCUGGUGUGCGACUGCAGGCACAACACGGCCGGUCCGGAGUGCGACCGCUGCAAGCCUUUCCACUAUGACCGGCCCUGGCAGCGCGCCACCGCCCGCGAGGCCAACGAGUGCGUGGCCUGUAACUGUAACCUGCACGCCCGGCGCUGCCGCUUCAACAUGGAGCUCUACAAGCUGUCGGGGCGCAAGAGCGGGGGCGUCUGCCUCAACUGCCGCCACAACACGGCGGGCCGCCACUGCCACUACUGCAAGGAGGGCUACUACCGCGACCUGGGCAAGCCCAUCACCCACCGCAAGGCCUGCAAAGCCUGCGACUGUCAUCCCGUGGGCGCCGCUGGCAAGACCUGCAACCAAACCACGGGCCAGUGUCCCUGCAAGGACGGUGUGACCGGCAUCACCUGCAACCGCUGUGCCAAGGGCUACCAGCAGAGCCGCUCCCCCAUCGCCCCCUGCAUAAAGAUCCCCGUGGCACCGCCAACCACUGCAGCCAGCAGCGUGGAGGAGCCCGAAGACUGUGAUUCCUACUGCAAGGCCUCCAAAGGGAAGCUGAAGAUUAACAUGAAAAAAUACUGCAAGAAGGACUAUGCCGUUCAGAUCCACAUCCUGAAGGCAGACAAGGCAGGGGACUGGUGGAAGUUCACGGUGAACAUCAUCUCCGUGUACAAGCAGGGCACAAGCCGCAUCCGCCGCGGUGACCAGAACCUGUGGAUUCGCUCACGGGACAUAGCCUGCAAGUGCCCCAAAAUCAAGUCCCUCAAGAAGUACCUGCUGCUGGGCAACGCGGAGGACUCGCCCGACCAGAGCGGCAUCGUGGCGGACAAGAGCAGUCUGGUGAUCCAGUGGCGGGACACGUGGGCGCGGCGGCUGCGCAAGUUCCAGCAGCGUGAGAAGAAGGGCAAGUGCAAGAAGGCCUAGCGCGGAGGCUGCGGCGCGCCGGGCGGGCAGGCGGGCGGGGUGCGGGGCCGGCGAGAGCAGGA